CCCCCACCACACCCCAGCCGUUACGAAUCCCAAAAACGGCGGGACUGGAACACCUUCCUCCAAUAUCUCCGGAACCACAAACCGCCCCUCACUCUCUCCCGCUGCAACGGGGCCCACGUGAUCGAGUUCCUCAAAUACCUCGACCAGUUCGGGAAGACUAAAGUUCACGCUCCAGACUGCCCCCAUUUCGGGCAGCCCAACCCGCCCGCCCCCUGCGCCUGCCCGCUCCGACAAGCUUGGGGAUCCCUCGACGCCCUCAUCGGCCGGUUACGGGCUGAAGAAAGCGGCGGGCGGCCCGAUUCCAACCCGUUCGCCACUAGCGUCGUCAGAGUUUAUCUCAGGGAAGUCAGAGAAUCGCAGGCUAAAGCUAGAGGUAUUCCUUACGAGAAGAAGAAGCGAAAACGGCAUAUAGGAACAGUUUCUUCCCCUCCUUCUUCCUCUUCAGCUUCGGCUUCUACUUCAAAGGCUCCGGAGAAGUCCGGCGAGGGUUCCGUUGGCGCCGGCGGCGGAGUAGUAUAACUAUCUUCUUCUUCUUCUUCUUCUUUUUUAUUUUCUCUCUCUCUCUAGCUUUUUUUUUAAUUUUUAAUAUUAAUUUUCUUUUUUUGUUACAAUUGAGUGGUAAUUGAGAGGGAUUUGGGGUUUUGAAGAAGAAAAUCUUUUAUUAUUAUUAUUAUUUUUUUGUUGCUGUUGAAAUACGUAAUUGUUUAGG